AUGGUGGCGGCGGCAAGUCAUCUUCCCACCAGCGCGGUGGGCCCGAUGCUGAGCAAUACUACACGCAAGCUUGUCUGCUCGGGCUCCGUCGGCUACCUAUCGCACCACCCCAUCUCGGCAUCCGAGCUAUGCCUGCGUGUUCGGGACCGGCUCUCCCGCAAUCUCGAUGACGGCUGCGAGUGGCUGGACAAAUACGGCAUGUUUGGCGCAACGGGUGUCUUGUUUAAAUUAACCGACCCGACAUACGGAUAUUCCUUUGUCGUCAAGGGCGUCCAGAGAGCUGAUGCCAGUACCCUUACGGACGAGGCGUGGAUUUACUCGCACUGCCUGGACCUCCAGGGGAUCCGGAUCCCCGUCUACCUGGGUAACAUCGAACUCGUCUACCACUACCCGCUCCGCAGCGCCGCCGCCGUGACCCACAUGAUGCUCCUCUCCUGGGCCGGCACGACGCUCUGCCACCGCCCGCCGCCAGCUGGUGUGGACGUGGAGGCUGAGGUGGACGCGGCGGUCAAGGCGCUUCAUCGCUACGGUGUCGAGCAUGACAACAUUAGGAAUGCCAACCUCACCUGGAAUGACGAAACGAAGGGGAUCAUGGUGAUCGAUUUUCACCUCUCUUUCGUGUAUGCCGCGCCCAAGAAGGCACGAGUGGUGGAGGAGAGGGAUAUGACGGGAGGCGUCUACAAUGUCUGUAUUGUUUAA